CCUAUUCAAGGUCAAAAGACCGACUACAACCUGGUCACCCGAUCUAAAGAUAUAGAUCUUGGACGACACAUACGUAUGAUCUCGUGAUAACUCGCUCCUUCGCCCGGGUCCACCAUGAACAACGACACCAAGACACCCUCGGUCGCUGGAUCAGAGGACGACUGGGAGACCGCCGACUUUUCCAAUAUUGCGCAGACGAAACCCCAACGUCGGCCCUCCUCGGAACUCGCUGCCAACUUGCGUCCAUCUGCUCCGACAUUUCAGCCGCGGACCACGAAACCCCCUACGCCUAGACUAUGGGAACCUGAGCCUCCUGUAGCACCUUCUGGGUCGAGGACGAUGGCUGGGAUCACGGUUUCGGGUACAGGAGGGACCGGGCGGAGCGUCCUCCUGGGCCCCGCGAUCGAAGGGAGGGAAUCGACUUCCAGUUCCUCGAAUGCGGAUCUUGCCGCACGUUCUCGAACACAACCCGCCCAGGCCGGCGCACAGACCGUCGUCAGUUCGCCCGAAAAGGACCAAUCGACCCCGAUCCCUACAUCUGCCCAGCCUCUACCUAUCACAAGCUCAGGAUCAGGAUCGGGAACGAGCCCUUCUACGCCUGAUCUCUCUGGGUCGACAAUCAGGCCGACGACGAUCUUGAUGAAACGAGAACCUGCCGCUUCUGCUCCUCGAACAUCCACGUCGACAGCUGGUCAGGGGCUGGGAAAUAUAUCCUCGCCCUUUGGGGAUGAUGAUGAGUGGAAUCUUGAUCCGCGGACGACAGUGGUCUCGAAUUCGCAACUGUGGGAGCAAGCGAACAACUCGGCUCCGAUGCCAGAUCUGCCCAAAAACGCUCCUCCGAUGCCGACUGCGGCCUCGCUCAGGAUCCUUCGUCGUCCUUCUCCUGCCACCUCGGCUUCCUCUUCGUCACAUCAGAACUUCCAAGGAGGUGAUGGGUCGGGCGGCAACGGGAGCAACGAGGCGCUGAACGAGCAGAGGGACGGAGGAGUCAUGUUCAGGGGUAGUCCAGGGGGUGGUGGAGGAAACGGGUCGAGGUCGGGGUCCAGACGGAACAAGACCCUGAUCGAGCGCGAGGAAGAAUAUAAGCGAGCUAGGGAGAGGAUCUUUGGGACGACCGAAGGUUCGGUGUCGGGAGGAGCUGUCGGGGAGGCGGCCGUUCCCGACAAUCGAUCCGAGGUUAGUGGAGGUGAGAGUGGAGCGGUGACACCAGCCAGGUCCGGGUCGAGUAGUACCGGGUCUGUUUCGGCUUCCACCGCUUCCGGGGUUGUCGGUGGCGGUUCCAAUCAGGCCGGACCAGCUCAAGGUCAGCCUCAGGCUCAAACGCCGACAUCGUCACAAUCGCAAUCGCAGAGUCGGAGUGGUAGCGUCGGACCGGGUUCAUCGACUUCGUCUUCCUCCAGAGCUCGAACGGGUCCGACUCAGAGCAGUAAACGACGAGGCGAAUCGCACUUUGAACCUCUUCGACCGCCUGGAAGUGGUGGUAGUCCAGCAGGCCCCGCUUACCAGUCGAUGCAAGCCGGAGGCAAUCUCGGGGCGAUGUUACCCACGAUGAACAAUACGGGAGGGAUGGGUUAUCCGAGAGGCGCGACGAGGGAUCGGUUCAAUGCGAGUGGAUAUGGGCCGAUGGGGAUGUACCAAGCGUAUGAGCCUGCUCCGUAUGGGAUGGGCUUGUCCGGAGGGAUGCCUUAUCAGGGAACGGCCCAGCAACAACAACAGCAGCAACCGGGUGGGUUCUCCAUGUACCCUCAGUUGGCUGGAGGGUAUCAGCCGGGACAGGGGCAAGCUCAGCCUCAGCUCGGGAUGGCGCCUGGAGGAUAUGGAAGGAUGGGUGGUGCGGGAAAUAUGGGCGGAUUCGGUGCGGGACCGAUGCGACAGCCAAUCGGGCCUGGGGAUGCGGAUGGGAUGGGUUUCGGCCAGCUCAGGUUGAACGAUGCUAUGCCAUACGGGGGAGGAAGUGGUGGUAGCAGUGGAAAUGUGGGAUACUCGGACGGUUGGCAUGGACCGCCUCGGCCGGCGUAUAGCAGUUCGAGCUCGAGCGCCAGUUCGGACGUCGGCUCGACGGGAGGGUACGGACACGAUCCGAUGUACCGCGGAGGAGGGCCGAUGCCACCUCCUCAGCAGCAGCAUCAUCAUCAUCAUCAUCAUCAACAGCAUUCGUACGCUUCGCAACCUCAACCUCAGAUGAUGUAUAACACCAGCAACAACAGUAACAAUAGCAACAUCAACAAUAGCGGCGGGAAGAGCAACAACAUGUCCCACUUGCACGGGAUGGAACAACCUCAACCCGGGUACAUGGGAGGGCGAUCGGGUCCGGGGGCGUACGGACAAGCAUGGCCAGCGUUGAGAAAAGGGUCGGGUCCGGAGAAUGGGUCGGGCGAUCCGGGAUAUACGAGGUAGACGCUCGGUCACACGCGCUUGACCGUAGCGACCAUUUGUAUACCCUCCUUUUGUAAUUACGGGCCGAAGAGAGGAAUGUGGGCAGGAGGCUCUAUCCGCGACAAGUGUGUCGUCUAUCAAAUAUGCAGAUCUCGGUACAUCGAGAUGCGCCGAUACUUUGAUGCAGAGGUAUCCCCGUUGUUCGUUGCUGAAGGAGGUAGAGAGUAUGGCCUGGGUCGUCUCUCGGUGACUGCCACGCGAGAUUGCGCAUCGCGGCCAUGAGCGAGCGAGCGGAC